AUGCUAAAUACCGAACAAAAAUACACAUGUUUACAGGAAUCAAUAUAUGCUUUUAACGAUAGCAAUCCUAUCAUAGAAGAUUUGCCCAGUAUAUCCUCAAAAAAAAUGAAAGGUAAAAAUUCUUCUUUUUCAAAAAGACGUGCAAAAUUUCGUUCCAGAAAUAAGUCAAUAUUGUAUAAAUCACGACUGGGAAGUAUUAAUUCAUCAUUUGCUCAAAUGACUAUUCAAAGGAAUAAUCAGGCUCUAGCUACUGCAUUACAAAGUUCUAAGCAAGAAACUAAAUUAUUGCAAGAUAAUGUGUUAUAUAUGCAAUCAAAGAAUCAUGAAUUAAUGAUUAAAUUGAAUGCCUAUGUUAUGGAUAAAUAUAAAUUUGACAAUAUAUUAAAUUUAUGGGAACAAUUCAAAAUCGUUAAUCAACACAUGAGAGAAUUGAAAUCUUAUUAUGAUGUAUCCCUUAUUGAAUUAACAAAUAAAAUAAAUAAUAUGGACCGAGAAAUAAAUGAAUUUAAUACCAAAAUUAACAUUGCUCUUCUAACAAAUACAUCCUUCUCAGCCCAUUCUCCAUCGAUCCCUAAUGGUUCAAUUAGAAACAAUGAAAAUAGUAUUCAUGAAAAUAGUAUUCAAAAUCAGCAUUCUAAAAAUUUACCAAUAUCUGACAAUUCUCAAUUAAGAUUAGAACCAUCAGCUCCAGUUGAUGAAUUUGAUUUAGCUUAUAAUAACAAUGAAAUAAAUCCAAUUGAAGUUAAUAAAGUUAUCAAUAAAAAUGUACAAAUUAGCCCUAAUAAUUUACUAUUAUGCCAAAAAGAAAAGCUUGUCAUUCCCAAACCCAGCUCCAAAGUACCAACUCAAAAUAUGGCUAAAACUUUUAAUCUUGUCAAUAGACCAUUGUCAAAUUCUAUACCUAAUAAUGGCUUGCCUGAAAACAGAAAUCUAGUAGACACAUUUGCUGUUUUGAUGAAAGAGAAUAAGAAAAGAAGGUAUUCCAUUAUCAUAGAUCCCAAACAAGAAAAAAAAUCUCUACUCAACAAUGAUACAUAUGUAGUCCCUCCCCUCAUUAAUUCUCAAAAUUACAAUGCUAUUUGUUCACUUCCAAAUGAUCCCAUUUUUCCCCUCAAUAAAAAUAAUGACCACAUUAGCCAGGACAUCAACCAAACAGGUAAACACAAAAAUGUCUCAAAUGCUUAUGUGUAUUCUACACAAGAAGCUAACAUCGAGCCUAUCCAAGAUUUUAUUCCAAUGGAUGACAAUGGGAUCGAUAAAUCAACUAAACCCAUGCUCAAAAAAAUUGGGAAAGCUACAUCAGUUACUAAAACUGCCAAAGUGUCCAAAUUUGAGGAUAUAAAGGCUGUAAAUGUUCUUCCUAAAAAGAGGGGACCUAAAAUUGGCAGUAAACACGCUAAGUCCAAAGUUGACAAUAAAAACGAUAAAAAGUGUAACCCAACACGGCACGAAUCUCAUCAGAUCAAGGUCGAUCAAACUGCAGAAAUGUCGCUGACAAACCUGGAAGAUCUUUCGUUCGGAGGAAAGUCUCCUCCUGUCCCAGCAGUCCUCAAUAAGAUGCUGCUCAAACACCGCAUAUCAUAUCGCCAAGCCAGAAAAUACGAGGCCCGAGGAGUUGGCACUAAAAAUUUAAAAAAUAAGGAAGAAAAAGUGAAUACUAAGACAACCCCUUUACUCCUCAAAGAUCAUUAUCCAAUUAACGCUUCAGAUACCGAUCUUCCUAGCCUCGGUCAUGGCAUCAAUCUCGAGAAGCAUGCCGAUCAUAUUGGUGAUUCUAAUGAUGUCACAAUCAACAUGCGGAAAAAUAAUCAACUUUUAUCCCCCACGUUGGUUUCUCCUCACAAACCCAGUUCGCUAACCAAUCCUCUCGGUCAUGUCACCACUAUAAGCAAAAACGACGUUGACAAGCUCCCAAUCACGGACACCACUUUAAACAUAAAUUCCGAAGGUCCUAAGCAAGAUCAACUCGAAACUUUUAAGCAAGAUCAACCACCGGUUCACGUCAAUAAAACGGGUACCAAAUUGGACGCCAUCUUCACGAAGCUAAUGAAAUCGGUUAAUUCGAAUUGCGCCAGUGUCACCGAUAGUAAAGGUCCGCAAAAUGAACCUAUCUCUCAGCAAACGCCUUCCGUGAUCAUCAAGCAUUCUUCGGCAGACGUAGCGCAUCAUGAAAUCAAUGACAAAGUUGCUAAGCCUCAAGACGCGCACGUGAACAUUAAAAGGAGGAAAAAAUACAAGUGUCGAGAUGCGCCAGUACUCGAAUCUCCGAUUAGAAAAGAGAAACGGAUUGUAGCCAAGGUGUCCUACAUGGAACCGCUUCUCAAUAAAAAGAUGAGACGGGAACCUGGCGCCAUCACUGCUCACCCCCGGGAAAAGAGGAAAUAUAUAAAAAAAUUUGUCCAAGUUGACGCCCACUUGAUGGAUAAAAAGGAAGAACCAGCAAUGCCCUUUCACGAUAUCGCACCCUCCCGUCCAAUUUUCAAUUACCAGAGCGACAGAUCUUGGACAGAAAAUAUCCAAGAAAUUUAUUUAGAUUGAUCCAAUAAUUUAUCACUUACGCAGCCUAUCAAUUUGAACAUUUUUUAAAAAAAUUUUGACGAAAAAAUGGGUGCUGAUAGACAAUCUUAAUAGUUUUUAUAUUUUUAUUUCUAAUGAAAAUGAUAUUUAGCACAUUUGAUAUAUUUAUUAUAUUAUGAUAUUCACGCAACUUUUUAUUUUAGUUUCAGAAAAACCCUUUUAAUUAUUUAU